AUGGAAAAAAGGAAGCAAAAGGUUCUCUCCACUAGACCAAAAGGUCCUGCUCCGUUUAGUGAGGAUAUGAAGAGCUUUGUCGCGAAUUUGUUUCAGCAGAACUUUUCGGCAAUGGAAGAGAGGCUACAAAAACAGAUGGGUGAAAGGUUUGAGAAAAUGCAUUAUGAGCUUAAAUAUUCCUUUAACGAUGCAGCCGUGGAAGUUGAGCCAUCUUCUAGCAAGCCAACUGAUACCAAGCCAUCUUCCACCAACCUAACUCCUAGCGAGCCAACGUCUACCAAACCCUCAACGAGCAAGCCAUCUCCUACCAAGCCAUCUUCCACCAACCUAACUCCUAGCAAACCAACGACUACCAAACCCUCAACAAGCAAGCCAUCUCCUACCAAGUCAUCUUCCACCAACCUAACUCCUAGCAAGCCCACGUCUACCAAACCCUCAUCGAGCAAGAAAACAUCUACCAAGCCAUCGCCGAGGAGGUCCACUCGCUUGGAUGACAAUUUCAGUGAAGCAAAAGAUAUGGACAUAGAGAUAGAUACGCAAGAUCUAGAAGACCUUUCUCAGAUUUCGAACGUGGCAGGUUUUGAUCCAUCGCAGACUAAUAAGGACAUGGAACCAUGUGAUUGGUGGACUCCGAUGAGUACAGUCCAGAAAAUAAAGGUCGAACCAGUAGAAAAUAAAGCUCCACCGCCAACCAAGUGGACUAAAUGGCAAAGGAAACUUGAGCUUAGUGACUCACCCAUGCCGUCUGAUGGUUCUCCACAGUCCUCACUGUAUUGGUUCAACGAAGAAUCAUGGGAUACAUUCACUGAAUGGUCUAUGAACCCGACAACUUUAAAGAUUGGUCCUACAGCCUUUAAUAUGACUAUAGCUACGAGAGUAAUAGGUCCUGAAAAAUGGCUUGGAAACGAUGAAAUGGAUGCGUUCAUGUAUAUAUGGCGAGUGAAAACUUCUUUGAGGCAUUGGGCACCAAACCGUGUUGCUUUCAUGCCCGCCUUUUUUUGCCUUCAAGUUGAGAAAGGAUACCUCAGCUUUACAGCUUACGGAAGAGGAGAACUUCCAUAUUAUGGGCUGACUAAUAGAGUAUGGGGUGUCGAUGUUGAUCGUCUCUACUUUCCUCUGUUUGUCGGAGGUAAUCACUGGAUAGCUGUCUGCGUCAAUUUCAUUGAGAAGACAGUUGAAGUAUUUGACUGCUUGCAGGGAAGGAAUAGGCAAUACGUGGAGAAGUUUGUUGUUAUGAUUCCUAGGAUAGUAAAGGCUGUUGCACCACCUCAAAACAAGAAGCAUUUACUCCUGGAAAAGUAUUCUACGGUAGAGGUACCUCUGAAGGCUAGAUUGAACAAGAGUUUAUGUGAUUGCGGGGCAUAUGCACUCAAACAUUUGGAAUGCCAACUCAUUGGUAUUGACCUCAGUUUAGUGGAUGAUGAAAUCAUUCAGGGUUGUCGUCAAAAGAUUGCUCUUGAUAUAUGGGAGGCUGCAAAAGAUCCCAUUUUAAUUGAUUUGAUGGCACAGUAUGACAAAACACACUUGUUCAAAUGGACGGAUAAGUCAAUUUUUGAAGAAAUUGAAGACUUGCAGGAAGUGGUUGACGUGGUGCUCAUUGACAAUAUCCAGUUUCAGAAUUCAAUGAAAGCUUCAGAGAUCCUGCUGAAACAACAUGAGAGCAGAAUUGGAGAUAUGGAAGAUGCAAUUGCACGUUUUGAAGCCAAGAACAUCGAAUGCAGUAGAGAAUUAAUGAUCAUAAAAGCUUUGUUUGUGUGUUGUUUGGUGAUGGUAUUCAUGUACCUCACGUAUACAUAA